AAUUAUGCUCGUGUUUCCGUUGGUAUCUUUAGGGACUUUAAUGCAAUGAUUCAGUAAGUUUUAGCCCACAUUUAUUUACUGUGAAGGUUUUAAUGGGAUAAAACUAGGCGGGUUGUUGUCAUGCCCCGCAGUUUCUGGGCUGUGUUGGUUUGAAUUACAGAGGUGGGAAAGCAUUGCAUUUUAAAAACCGAGGAUGCUUCUCAGUUUGUGACACGGAACUAACUGCUGGCAGCUCUCCGCCGUUUCCUGCUCUGCAUACAAUUCCUCCUCCAGCUUUUGUUUCACUUUCACUCUUGACAAACUGCGAGGAGAAGGCGAAAUGGUGAAAGGAUUUCCUGUUGUCCUUGCCACCAUGUUUCCCCUCCUGCUGGUGCUCUUUGUUUCUAUUCAUCCCUCAUCUGGAGCUCAAAUCCCAAAUCAAGAUCAAGCCAAAGAGCUUCCUGUAGCCACCAACGGUGAACCCUUCCCUUGGGACCGCAUGAGGCUUCCCGUAACCAUCAGCCCCUUGCACUAUGACUUAACCAUACACCCAAACCUCACCUCCCUGGACUUCACCGGGGUGGUUCGCAUCAGUCUGGAUGUGAAAGAAGACACCAGCAUUGUUAUCCUCCAUGCCAAGCAAAUGCACAUAUCCAAUGUGGUUCUCUUGGCACCUGAGGGUGUCCGGCCUCUACGGGUGCUGGAGUACCCUCGAUUCCAUCAGCUUGCUUUGCUGUCUGAAUCAGUUCUGACCAAGGGCAGAAAGUAUGAGGUCCAGCUGGAGUUUGCUGCAAACUUAUCUGACAGCUUCCAUGGUUUCUACAAAGGCAGCUACCGUACGAGCAGCGGGGAGGUCCGGGCCAUAGCAUCUACGCAGUUUGAGGCGACCUUCGCUCGUGGAGCCUUCCCCUGUUUUGAUGAGCCUGCCUUCAAAGCCAACUUCACCAUACGGAUCAUCCGUGAGCCACGCCACAUUGCCAUUUCCAACAUGCCCAAGGUUAAAACAGUGGAGUUGCCAGGCGGUUUGCUUGAGGAUCACUUCGACACAACCGUAAAGAUGAGCACUUACCUGGUGGCUUACAUCGUCUCUGACUUCCUGUCUGUGAGCAAAACAACUAAGCAUGGAGUUAAGAUCUCUGUCUAUGCUGUACCAGAGAAGAUCGAUCAGACGGCCUUUGCUUUGGAUGCUGCAGUGAAGUUGUUAGACUUCUAUGAUGAUUACUUUGAUAUCCCAUAUCCACUUCCCAAACAGGACCUGGCUGCUAUCCCGGACUUCCAGUCUGGCGCAAUGGAGAACUGGGGUCUGACCACCUACAGAGAGACUGGCCUUCUCUUUGAUCCUGACAGGUCCUCUGCCUCUGACAAACUGGGCAUCACCAAAGUCAUUGCCCAUGAGCUCGCUCAUCAGUGGUUUGGAAACCUGGUGACAAUGGAGUGGUGGAAUGACUUGUGGCUAAAUGAAGGUUUUGCUAAGUUCAUGGAGUUCAUUUCCCUCGACAUUACCUACCCAGAGCUUCAUGUGGAUGACUUCUUCUUGGGCAAGUGUUUUGAGGCAAUGGAGGUAGACUCUCUGAGCUCGUCUCAUCCAGUUUCCACACCAGUGGAAAACCCCACACAGAUCCAGGAGAUGUUUGAUGAUGUGUCUUAUGACAAGGGGGCAUGUAUCCUGAACAUGCUGCGGGACUUCCUGAGCCCUGAAGUUUUUGAGAUCGGUAUCAUCCGAUACCUGAAGCGCUACAGCUACCAGAACACUGUGAACAGCCACCUGUGGGAGAGCCUGACUGAUAUCUGCAGCUCAGAUGCUCUGGAUGAAGGUCGACUGAAACACACAGAAUUCUGCUCUAAACGCAAACUCCAGCCUGGAUCCUCUAAGUGGUACUCUGAUGAUGAGCUUGAUGUCAAGACUAUCAUGGACACCUGGACACUGCAGGAGGGCUUCCCACUGGUCACAGUAGAGGUCAAAGGUCGGGAGGUCAGACUCAGUCAGGAGCGCUUCCUGAGGACAGAUGAUCCCUCGCUCACUGAAGGAUUCCUGUGGCAGAUUCCACUAACGUACAUGACCAGUGCUUCCAACACAGUUCAUCGUUUCCUUCUCAAGACAAAGACUGAUGUGCUCUACCUGCCGGAGGAAGUGGACUGGGUGAAGUUUAAUGUCAACAUGAGUGGCUAUUACAUGGUCCACUAUGCUGGUGAAGGUUGGAACUCCAUCAUCAAACUGCUGCAGUACAACCACACGGCUCUCUCUGGGAACGACCGGGCCAGCCUCAUCCAGAACGUCUUCCAGCUGGUCAGUGUCGGGAAGGUGAGGCUGGAUACGGCCCUGGAUCUGUCUCUGUAUCUUUCCAAAGAGACUCAGAUCAUGGCUGUGACCCAGGGCUUCGGAGAGCUUGUGCCUCUUUACAAACUGAUGGAGAAGAGAGACAUGACAGUUCUGGAAAAUCAGAUGAAAGGUUACAUUGUGGAUCUUUUCCGGGAUCUGAUUGAUCGUCAAGAAUGGAGUGACUCCGGUUCGGUGUCUGAGCGAGUGCUGAGGAGUUACCUGCUGCUGUUCGCUUGCGUCAGGAAUCAUCCUCCAUGUGUAGCCAAAGCCACCAAGCUCUUUAACCAGUGGAAGGAUUCAGAUGGCACCAUGAGCCUCCCUGUUGACAUCACUAUGGCUGUGUUUGUGAUUGGAGCACGAGCACCAGAGGGGUGGGACUUCCUCUUUGAGAAAUACCGCACUUCUCUGCAGAUGUCUGUCAAGAGCCGCAUAAAGUCUGCGAUGACCGUCACCUAUCUGAAGGACAAGCUCAAGUGGAUGAUGGAGCAGAGUUUGAUAGGAGAGGUGAUGAAGACCCAGGACCUCCCAGAUGUGGUCGUCUCUGUUGGAAGGAAUCCUCAUGGUUACAAACUGGCCUGGGACUUUCUCCGCGCCAACUGGCACACAAUGAUCAAGAAGUUUGACCUUGGCUCUAAUUCUGUAUCAUACAUGGUGCUUGGUGUGACCAACCAAUACUCUACCAGGGAGAUGCUCCAGGAGAUAUGGAGCUUCUUUGACUCGCUGACAGAGGAAACUGGGUCAAAAAUGAGGUGCAUCCAGCAGACCUACGAGACCAUUGAGGAUAACAUCCGCUGGACAGACGCCAACUUUCCUCUGCUAGAGGCCUGGCUGAACAAGCACCAACACAGACCACCUCAUGAAGACUUAUAGAGCUAGGGGAGCAGUUUUUGUUUAUUUGUUUGUUUUACUCCACUGUUCAAGCAGAUUGUGGUUUCUCUUUCCAGAGGUGAAACCAGAUAAAAAGAAUUUAUUAAAUAUUUUAGGGAGCUCAGUUGGUUCUUCAAACCUCCACCAUCAGGUCCUGACUGGAGCUCUUCCUUUAUCUGGAUUUGUAAAAAGUAGCCCAGAUUAAGGAGUAGACAAAAGGCGCUUUUCCACUGGAAAGUUGUGCACAAACCGGUUAGUGCACAACCGGUUGUAAUUGGAGCACGACAUGUUUUCAUGUCGUUACUGACAUGAAAUCAAUUUCAUGUCUGUAAACAUUUUGCACUAAAACGCUGACAAAAUUCUUUAUUUUUGAAAAUGUGAUUAGUUUAAUCAAAUAUACUAAGAUAGUUUUCCUUCUUUCUCAAAUCAUACAAUAACUUUGUUUUAAGCUUCUCUACAGCACAUCUAAAAAUGCACAAGUUGUAUAUUAAUUCCAGACCCACCAAAUAUAAAGUCAUUUACUUUGAGGAAGAAAAAUGUUUCUUAAAACAUUCACCAUACUUAAGAAAAAACAGUUUAUAACUUAACAAUUAAAGGUACUGUAAAAACUGUGCCUGAAUAUUUCUUCUCUGCGUUGCCUGAAUUGAUUUUGAGUGUGUGUUUUGGUGUGUAAGUGUGAGCUUAUGUCAGGUCGUUGGUGGGAUUUGUUUUUAACUGCUGUAAAGUUGUGCUUUUGUAAAAUAAAUUUGGAUUGAAGAUGCAUUACUGAAGAUGCAACUCUGACAACAUGUUGCAAAUAAUGUGUUCUAAGAAAUGCACUGUUCAACAAAUCCUUUAUUGUAAGGUAUUUUACUACCAGAUAGUUUUUCACUAGCAGCCCAACACAAAAGAGAAGUGAAAAGGAUGAAGAUUGUAUAUGAUUAUUUAGGAGAGACUAAAAUGAUGGUUUUUUUAAAUUGUGUAUCGGUAAACAGAAUGGGGAAAAUAAAUGACAGUUGAUGAGUUUGUUUUUUUGUUUUUUUUUUAAAAGUGGGAAUAGGUGAAGAUCCUCUUGGCAGUAGUUGUCAAAUGUGUUGUAGACAUGCUCUCAUUUACGGGAAAGAUUGUGAAGUUCACGUCACUUUGGCUUCAUAAUGUUAUUUUGUUUUGUCAGGUGGCGAAAAUGUUUAUUGAAAGAAAUUUGGAAAAAAUAAAGUGUUUCAUCUUUGGUUGUC